CGCACCAUUUCCUUCUCACAACAAAUUCUCUUCACCCAUUAUAACUUCUAGUUACAUCAACCUACACAUUUUUUCUUCUUUCCUUCAUUUAUCAUUCUGCGUACACCAAGCAUGGCCGAUAAGCAACCCCACCUGAACGGCGCCUAUUACGGUCCAGCCAUUCCUCCGCCGGCGCAACCACGCUACCGCCAUCACCAUGGAAGAACCUGUUGUUGCUGUCUCUUCGGAAUCUUGUGGAAGAUUCUGGUUACACUCAUCGUCCUGGUUGGCCUCGCAAUCCUCAUAUUCUGGCUGGUUGUUCAACCCCGCUCCUUCAAGUUCCAUGUCACGGAAGCUGACCUAACCCAAUUCGACUACAACGCCGACAACAGCACCCUCCAGUACAGCAUGGUCCUCAACUUCACCGCACGCAACCCCAACAAAAAACUCAACAUCUACUACGACAAAGUGGAGGCAUUAGCAUUCUACGAGGAUGCCAGAUUCUCCAAUUACGAUGUCAUAACGCACAUGAACUCGUUCCGGCAGUACACGAAGAGCAGCAGCCCCAUGAGCGCUGUUUUCUCAGGCGAGAAGGUGGUGAUACUAGACAAUGGACAAGUGUCUGAGUUGAACCAAGACAAGAGUGAUGGCGCUUACGACUUCUAUGUGAGGCUCAACUUCAGGAUUCGAUACAGACUCGGGGAUCUCAUAUCUGGUGACUUCAAACCCAAGGUUAAAUGUCACAUCAAGGUUCCCUUAGCCAACAAUGGCUCUGAAACUUUGUUUCAGACCACCAAGUGCGACGUCGAUUACUAGACUACAUGUUUCAUUUCUUCCAUUGAUUUUCGAUUUUUCUUUCUUUACCAUUUUUUAUAUUUUAAUAAUGUACCUUUUCUUCAAAUUAUAUUUACGUAGAUACCUCUCUAGAAUUGCCUUUCACUUCUAUA